AUGACAAUACACAUCCAUUCUUCCGCCAUUGCUGUUGAGUCCUCAUUCGGGGAUUCGGACAAAGCGUCGUUGGACGGCGAAAGUCGUGACCUCACGGUUUCUAGUUCCGUGGAACAACUGCUGACUAUCCUGCAGAAACAUGCUCAGUUCGAGGCAGCUGACUUAAAGAUGAUGGAAUGCACGAUGCAGAAGUUCAAUUUGCAUUUUGCUGACCCAGAAUCCGCUGGGAGGCAGUCCACGUUAGCGGACACAGUCGCUGUCUGCAUCACCGAGUUUAUUUACGAUCCCGAUUCCGGCAUGACAUUCGAAGCUUGA